AUGCGCUCGCUAAUUGCCAUACUAAUCUGCCUACCCAUCUUGUUGGCCAUCAGCUGCUACUCGGAUGAGAAGCACACAGAAGGACGGGCCCAUAAUGACGUCUACGCCGAGGUGGCCUGUGAUGCCGGCUGCGGCUUCUGCAUGAAAUGGGAGGGCAGGUGUCGUGCUGGCAAGACGCGACGAGUGGAAAAGGACAAAAAACAUAGUGGAAAUGAGAUAUCUUUUCCCUGCCCCCUCACCGACUACUGCUCCAAAUGGGUCUACAAGAUUAACAGCGAGCAAGCGAUCAUUUGGUCUUGCGGUACCAUGUGCACGAAGACGGGCAAAGAGUCGUACAAGGACAAGGCGAACGGCGUCGACGCGUCCGGCACCGUCUACUGCUGCAAGGGCAACCAGUGCAACGCCACCGCCGGCCUCACUAGGGAGACAGCGCCCCAAACCUCGCCCCCACGCCGCCCGAUAAUGUCCCGCCAGCUGCUCGUUCUGUGCGCCCUGCUCGUCGUCGUCGUCACCCUCAAGUGCUACACCGACGAGAGGCAGACUCAAGCGGAAUGCCCCGCCGGCUCGAAAUGCCUGAUGAUGCGCACCGCCACGCCGCUUCGCGGGGUCGUGCGCGGCUGCCAGCCCGAGUGCAAGGAAGUCGCCGGCGGAUCGUUGACGUUCGCGGAGCGCAACUACGCGGGUGACGCGUACUGCUGCGAUUCGGAUCUGUGCAACGGUUCGCCCGGCCAUUCACCACUCAUCAUCACCAUCCUCGCCAUCGCCAUCAUCGCCCUGAUCUAU